AUGGGUGUUUUUCCGAAUUUAUCAUUGAAGAGCAACAAAGAAGAGGCUGUAAGAGCCAAGGAACUGGCUGAGAAGAAGAUGAAUAGCAAGGAUUAUGCAGGAGCUCAAACAAUGAUCACUAAGGCUAAAAAACUAUACCCGAGUAUAGAAAAUGUCAGCCAGAUGCUAAUUGUAUGCCAAGUACAUUGUUCUGCUGAGCGCAAAGUACAUGGGUCAGAACCAGACUGGUAUGACAUCCUUCAGAUUGAGCAAACUGCUGAUGAAGCAUCCAUUAAGAAACAGUUCAAAAACCUAGCCGUCCAACUUCAUCCUGAUAAGAACAAGUUUCCUGGCGCAGAAGCUGCCUUUAAAUUGAUUGGUCAAGCACAGAGGUUGCUUUGUGACCCAUCAAAACGGUCACAAUUUGACAUUACGCUUAAGAUUGUGAGACCUAGUCAUCAGAGGAAGCCUCAAAACCAGCCAAGUAGGAAUGACUAUCCAAGCAAACAACCUGAAAUACAUUCUAAUCCUGCGGGUACUGGUACGGAAGCACAAUUCACAAGCAUGAAUCCUCACCAGCAAAAACAGCAGCAGCAAAAAAAUCUCCCCCGUCAUAUCACCAUCUAA